AUGGCCGGCGGCGGCGAUGGUCAAGGCGGGACGUCGUCGUCGUCCCAUGAGCUGAGCGGGCGGCUGGAGGGCAUCCUCGCCGACCGUGAGGUGCCAUGGGCGCGCCGGGCCUCCAAGGCAGCCAUGAUAGAGCUCCGGCUGCUGGCGCCAAUCGCGGCGCCGGCGGUGGUGGUGUACGUGCUCAACAACGUGCUGUCCAUCUCCACGCAGAUCUUCUCGGGCCACCUCGGCAACCUGGAGCUCGCUGCCUCGUCGCUCGGGAACAACGGCAUCCAGGUCUUCGCCUACGGCCUCAUGCUUGGCAUGGGGAGUGCCGUGGAAACCCUGUGCGGCCAAGCCUACGGCGCACACAGGUACGAAAUGCUGGGCAUCUACCUGCAGCGCUCGACCAUCCUGCUCGUCGCCGUGGGCGUGCCGCUCAGUGUCAUGUACGCCUUCUCCGAGCCCAUCCUCGUCUUCCUCGGCGAGUCUCCGGAGAUCGCCAAGGCCGCGGCCGUCUUCGUCUACGGCCUCAUCCCGCAGGUCUUCGCGUAUGCGGCCAACUUCCCGAUCCAGAAGUUCCUGCAGGCGCAGAGCAUCGUGGCGCCCAGCGCCUACAUCUCCGCGGCCACGCUGGCCGUGCACCUGCUGCUGGGGUGGCUGGUGGUGUACAGGCUCGGCAUGGGCCUCCUGGGCGCGUCGCUGGUGCUGAGCCUGAGCUGGUGGAUCAUCGCCGCCGCCCAGUUCCUGUACAUUGUCACCAGCGAGCGGUGCCGCCGGACGUGGACGGGGCUCUCCUGCCGGGCGUUCUCGGGCUUGCCGGAGUUCCUCAAGCUGUCGACGGCGUCGGCUGUGAUGCUGUGCCUUGAAACGUGGUACUUCCAGAUCCUCAUCCUCAUCGCUGGCCUCCUCGACAACCCUCAGCUCGCCCUCGAUUCUCUAACAGUCUGCAUGACGCUUGCUGGAUGGGUGUUCAUGAUCUCCAUUGGGUUCAAUGCUGCUGCGAGUGUGAGAGUUGGGAAUGAGCUGGGAGCCGGGCACCCGCGGGCGGCGGCGUUCUCUGUGGUGGUGGUGACCGCUCUGUCGUUCGUGAUCACUCUGGCCAUGGCGGUGGUGUUCCUCGUCUUCCGCGACUACCUCAGCUACAUCUUCACCGAGGGAGAGACGGUCGCCCGCGCCGUCUCCGACCUCUGCCCUCUCCUCGCCACAACGCUCAUCCUCAACGGCAUCCAGCCCGUCCUCUCAGGGAAUAUGGACUGGGAUGCUCGGUGGCACAUGCAUGCAGACGCUUAUCUUGUUCUGGAUCACUUUUAG